GGCGGACGUGGAGGGGGGGCAACCCCGGAAACGGAAGUGAGCGGCGGGGCCGGCUGACCGUAACGGGCUGAGAGGGUGUGCGCAGAGCGAGGUGAAGAUGAAUGCCAGAGGGCUUGGAUCUCAGCUAAAGGACAGUGUUCCAGUUACUGAACUUUCAGCAAGUGGACCUUUUGAAAGUCAUGAUCUUCUUCGAAAAGGUUUUUCCUGUGUGAAAAAUGAACUUCUGCCCAGUCAUCCUCUUGAAUUAUCGGAAAAAAAUUUCCAGCUCAACCAAGAUAAAAUGAACUUUUCCACACUGAGAAACAUCCAGGGUCUAUUUGCUCCACUAAAGUUACAAAUGGAAUUCAAGGCAGUGCAGCAGGUUCAGCGUCUUCCAUUUCUUCCAAGCUCAAACCUUUCACUGGAUAUUUUGAGGGGUAAUGAUGAGACUAUUGGAUUUGAAGAUAUUCUUAAUGACCCGUCACAAAGUGAACUAAUGGGAGAACCACACUUGAUGGUUGAAUAUAAGCUCGGUUUACUGUAACGCAGUGUGCUGUUCAUGGAAAUAGAGGGGCUGCUUCUUGUUUAUAUAGUUGUCUUUUUACUCUAAUUUGAUGUGCACAACAUUAAAAGUACUGACACCUGAGAA